GGAACCUACAACAAGCUAGCCCUCUGAAAUCUCUUUCAUAUUACAGUGGACGGUUUCCACGCAUUUUCAGAUUUUGGGUGAAAUAAAGCUUCCAGAAAGCCAUCGUAGCGCGCCACUACAUCUAUGGCAGACCCAGCUCGUGUAAAACCAGAAUCCGGGUCCGAAUCGAAUUCGGCGGCAGAGGAUAUUGCUCAAAAUGAAUCCACCGAAGGAGGGUCUGUGGACGAUACUUCCGCUCCUGAAGUGUCGACCUCACAGGUCAUACCGAAAGACGAGGAUAAAGCGGGCUCAGCAAAGGUCAGUGUAACAGGUGAGGAUGAUGAGGAGGGUCCAUCAGGUCUUCAUCCUCCACCCGCCAAAAAACUGAAAGUAGAGCCAGAGAAGAAAAAGGAGAAACGGCACAAAGUGGAUGAAGAUGAAAUACAGAAGAUGCAAGUUUUAGUCUCCUCCUUCUCAGAGGAGCAGCUGAACAGAUAUGAGAUGUACAGACGCUCUGCCUUCCCUAAAGCUGCCAUUAAGAGACUCAUCCAGUCUAUCACAGGCUCAUCUGUCUCACAGAAUGUGGUAAUUGCCAUGUCUGGUAUCUCAAAGGUCUUUGCUGGGGAGAUAGUUGAAGAAGCACUGGAUGUGUGUGAGAAGUGGGGGGACACACCCCCUCUUCAGCCCAAACACAUGAGAGAGGCUGUCCGGAGACUGAAGAACAAAGAUCAGAUCCCUAACACCAAAUACAAACGCAUACUCCUCGGCUGAACCACCAAUAAUGAACACUCAUUCUGUUCCUGAGCCACAGAUUCCAACUACAAACACAUUGCCUUCAGCUGAAGUGUGAAAGAGUUUUAGCCAAAGGCCUUUUCUUCACCUCAGUAUGGUUCAGUGCUGCACCUGAGAGAUCUCGAAAUGUCAGUAAGAAAAGCAUUUACUGCUCUGUGUUUUACUGUGGUGUUUAAGACUGUUUCUGUUCUUCAGGGUGUGGCCUAAAGACAAACAUAAUUAGCAUGUUUUCUCUCAGACUGCACCCAAGAGACAUGGGAUGACCACAGCCCUAUAUAUAAGAGUAAAAACAAGUUUCGAUGGACACUUGCAUUGUCAGCUUGCUCUGGUGUAUUUCUGAAAACUGACUCAGUAUCUUUGUUUGGUGGGUUUUCAUUUCCUGUUUUUAGUUGUUUGUUAUCACAAUAUGAAAAGUGUCAAAUCUGUCUAAAAACAAACAAACAAACAAAAAAACUUAAUUUCUCUACAAACCAUGCUUGAAGACAUUUUAGACUCAAAGUUAGUUUUUUUUGUUGUUUUCUUUAUAAUAAAGAAUAUCUGUGUUUUGA